AGUAGGGUACACGUUUGAUUUACCGGUAACCAUAAGACCGUAACUAUAAAGAGUUUGAUCAAACAACAACUUGAUCGAACAGCCUAUAGUUCUAGUGAACACUAUUCCAGUGAGAAGAGCAGCUAGUAUCCUAACAGACAAGCAUCAGAAAUCAGUGCAGUCGUGAUAGGGAGAAUGAUGAAUGCAGGCAAGCGAUGGUCGUUAAUCCAUGGUCCUCGUUUCUUAGCAGUCUUACUGGUGAUAUCCAUGAUCCACGUAGCAGCAAGUCAGAACAAGAUGAGUUCUCUUGAUCAAGGUUUGAACAAGAUUCGAUCCCCGAGAUAUGCCAAGACAACAAGCAAGACCAGCACUCAACCUAGCAAUGUUUGUAGCUCAACUGAGUGUAUUGACGCAGCCAAAAAAAUCAAUAGUUCGAUAAACCUUGCCGUGGACCCUUGCGAUGACUUUUAUGAGUACGCUUGUGGGAGAUGGCCGACAAACAAUAUUCGGCCGCCCGGCUACCCGUUUUAUUCUGCAUAUGCUAUAGCCGAAUUGAAAACGGAGAAAUAUAAGAAAAACAAAUUAGAAAAGGGAAAUCUAAUAGUAAACGGAGCGAGUAAUGAAGUACGGCAAAUGCCAUCAGAUUUGUACAAAUCGUGCAUGAACGUAACGGCCAUCGAAAAUCUUGGUGACGCACCUCUGAGAGAACGUAUUAGAGAACUUGGAGGUUGGGACAUGAGCGGAGACUGGGACGAGAAUACGUGGGAUUUUAGCAACACCCUUCUCUUGAUUCAUAAAAUGGAAAUGAAAGGGCCGUUGUUUACUUUAGGAUUCGUACCAGCUGGUAUCAACAAAACAAUCUGGAUACGUCAAGMUGGGCCAUCUCUAGUGAAAGAACAAUAUCUAAAUCUAUCAUCAAAGACAAUGUUAGCGUACAGACAGCUGAUCAUUGAUGUCGUGCUUGAGUUGGGUGGCAAUCUCACCUCGACUGCCAGGAAAGCAGACGAGAUCAUUCAUUUGGAAGCCCAGCUUGCAAACGUAUCUUCAACAUUUGCAGAGCACCUAGCAUCACUAAAAAUCAACCGAACUCUUGAAAAGCUUCAAGUAGAAGUCCCUGAGCUGAACUGGACUGACUACAUGAACAAGAUGUUUGCUCCAGUUACGAUUCCUAAGAGUGAAAUCAUUAACUUGUCUGAGCUGCCGUACCUAAAGAGGGCGAUGAAAAUAAUACAGAAGACACAAAAGAGAGUCGUGGCCAAUUAUAUGGUAUGGUACGUGAUACGGGGAGAAAUUGCGUGGCUUUCAAAGCCGUUCAGGGACGUGCAGCUUAAGUACGAGAACGAAACAAAGGGUACUAAAUCUGAGCAAGAGCGAUCUAGAAAGUGUGUUGACUCAACGUUUAAAUCUUUCAAUGAUUUAAUAUCAGCUGCAUAUAUCCAGGAGCAUCAUGAUCAACUUAAAGGCCCAAAAAUCAUGGCAAACGAAAUAGCGAACGAAGCGAUUGAAGCGUUGAAACAAAACGUCAACUCCCUGACCUGGUUGGACGGUACUACUCGAAGUGGAGUAUUUCAAAAGCUUGCUGGCUUGAGUAAAAAUGUCGGCUAUCCGGAUUACAUGUUGGACAGUGCAAAAAUGGCCACAUUAUUGGAAAAGUACAAAGGCUUGAACCUUCAAACUGACGCAUAUUUCAAAAACAAGGCGUCCAUCUCAAAGCAGUUAAAGCAGCAUCUGUUAAAAACCAUCAGAAAGCCAAAAGAGGAUGCAAUAUGGUUAAUUUCUCCUCUCAGAGCAAAUGCCAUUUACAAUGUAUUAAAACAUAGAAUGAAUCUUAUAAUUUGGGAAAAUUUGGUUUCGUUGCGGGUCACGAGUUGAUGCAUGGUUAUGGAACUUUCGGUAGAUUGUAUGACAAGAAUGGAAGAAAGACUAACUGGUGGACAAAUAGUUCGCUUCUAGAAUUCAGUAACAGACUAAAAUGCUACGAAAAACAGUACUCCAACUACAAAGUAUUAGGAAAAUGGCCUAUCAAUGGAAAAAUUACAGCUGAAGAGAAUAUUGCAGACAGCGGUGGUUUAAAAAUAGCACUCAAGGCGUAUUACAACUGGGCACGUCGAUAUCCCAGUGAAACAUGGCAGCUACAAGGCCUAACUUACACCAAUGAACAGUUGUUCUACGUUGGACUUGCUCAGGGCUUUUGUCAUUCUGCUACCGAUAAACAGCGAUAUGAUAAAACUGUUGGUUCCACUUAUACAGAUCACAAAUUCAGGAUUAUUGGUUCUCUGGUAAAUUCAUGCGAGUUCGCCAAUGCAUUUAGGUGCAAAAAGUACAGCCCAAUGAAUCCAAUCAACAAAUGUUAUCUGUGGAGUAAAGAGGGACUGUUGUCGUAACAGAACGGUCAUGUCGCAAAUAACAGCUGCUAACCGCUAUACCAAGAGAAUAUGAACUAAGAGAAGGAAUCCUACUUAUAUAGCCUUGUAACCAUCAUGUGCAA